ACGACUUGCCAGCUGUACGGAUCAAGUUCCAUCAAGCCUAAUCAUCACUACGCAACUCAUGUCAGUGAAUGCGCGCGUAAUUUUGGCCCUUUGCACAACUUUUGGACCUUCCUCUUUGAACACCUCAACAAAGUACUCAAAUCCUACAAAACGAAUAACCAUGGAAACGGCGAACUCGAGACGACAUUUUUCCGCGAGUUCCAGCGUACUUGCCAAACUAACCGUAUGGUAUGUUGUGUAGCGCUGCACUAG